UUUUCAAUUUAGUUUUGAACUGGCAUUACGGAAACAGCUUAGGGUCCUUCCGUUCUUCUCAGCAGGCUACUACACGCUACAAGCCUCACCAGGAUGGGUCGUUCCUCCAAAGACAAGCGAGACAUUUACUAUCGUCUGGCAAAAGAGGAGGGCUGGAGAGCCAGAAGUGCUUACAAACUGCUACAGCUUGACCAAGAGUACUCCCUGUUUAAAGGUGUGACCAAAGCAGUCGAUCUCUGUGCAGCCCCUGGAAGCUGGAGUCAGGUUCUCAGCCGAAAGCUCAGAUGUCAGGAGGAGAAGAUAACGGGAGUAAAGAUUGUAGCAGUGGACCUGCAAGCCAUGGCUCCGCUGCCAGGUGUCACUCAGAUCCAAGGAGACAUAACCAAGGUGUCGACAGCUCAGGAGAUUAUUCGUCACUUUGAGGGAGAGCCAGCUGACCUUGUGGUUUGUGAUGGAGCCCCGGAUGUAACUGGUCUCCAUGAUGUAGACGAGUACAUUCAGGCUCAGCUUCUGCUAGCUGCCCUGAAUAUUACUACUCAUAUUCUGAAACCUGGAGGAACAUUUGUGGCAAAAGUGAGUCAUCUCUAAUUAUUUUUCUACAGGGGCGAGGGGUACCAAAUAAUAAAAAAACAAAAGUCAAACUUUUUUUUUUACUUAGAGACGUUCUUGUCACACCUGUAUCAUCUUUCCUUUUGUCUAUUUUGUCUUGAUUUUCUUCUAUCAUUAGAUGUGGACUUCAACCAGUUGGAGGGUCCAAACCGUGUUAUUGUCCCCUUCCUGACUUGUGGUGACCUCAGCUCCUUCGACUCAGACAGGACCUACCCUUUGCAGCUGGAUUCUUGUAAAGAGUACCAGUAUGUUCCCCCCACCCAGUCGCCAAUCCAUCCCCCCUAUCAGCACGCCUGUCAUCUCCGCAAAAACAACCUUCUGUCAAAAGAGGACACAGCGUCCACCGGUAUCCACCAAAGACCAGAAGAGUCAGAGUCAACUCGCCACCAACUGGUGGAUCUCUAAAGUCUAAGGACACUCAGAACUCUAGUUUAAAGUUUAAACGACACCUUUUAAGCCAGCAAACAUUCAUACAUAAUUUUUUAAAUGAGAAUAAAAAUAAAUUAAUUUUUUUUUAAAAAAACGUUUCCUUAACCAUUUGUUUGGAAUUUCAAACAGCACGACUGUAAGAAUUUACUACACACACACACUAUAUAUACAGACUGUAUAUGAAUGUGUGUCUGUACGUACAUAUGUGUAUAUAUACCUACGCAGUGUUCCUUCUCUAUAUAUCGCGGUUCUCCUUUUGCUCCCUUAGUACUUUGCAGAUUUGUGUAUAUACAUAUAUAAAUUGCACCUCCUAUUUGCAACUUUUAUUUGAAUUAAUAAAGUGGAAAAAUGUCCAGAACAUUAUGUACAGGUGUAUUUUGAUUCAUAUAAAUAACAGUAACAUUCUACUCUAUUUUUUUCAUACAGACUGAGGAUUUAACCUAAUUACAGUGCAUCUUAAUGAUGGCAUGUGGAACAUGUUUUAAGGUCCCCGAAAGAGCGGCACUAAUUGUUUUCCUCAAUUAAAAAGUUAUAUGCAUAAAAGAGUCCCAAACGUACACAAUAAUUAUCAUGUCUAGAACAAAACUAGUUUAAAUUGCUGUCCACGUGUGGUUGUCUGGGUACAGAGGAGUGGUGCACUUUAAAUAAACCUACUGAAAA